AGUAAAAACAACCGGCGGCACAUGUUUACUUUGUCAGAAACUGGAUUCUUCUUCAGGUUUAAGGCCAAAGCAUCACUGUUAAUCAGUACUAGUACCACCACCACUGUUUAAUUAGGAACGACAUAGUUUUCUGUAGAGGGGAGUAGCUUCGAAGGGAGGAGACAUUACACAGAUAAAGGACAGCAGCAACCACCACCAAAUUUUCUUCAAGAAUCUCUUCCUCUCCCUCUCCACCCGAGAGCUCUCCCGCCGACGACGGCGAGCCUCUCCGGGCUUCGAUUGAUUCCGGGGCAGCAAUUGCGGCGAGCAGGUUCGAGCUUUCUUCUUGAUUCGCCGGCCCUGCAUUUGGAGCAGAGACCUGUUCUUGGAGAAUUCUUUUCUCGGGAUUCUCCGCGCCGGCUUUGGGAGCUUCCUUUGGCUUUUGCUGUGGUUGCCAGACAGCACAAUUUGCAGGUGGCGAAAGCAUGGGGUUGUGGUCUCUCCUUCCUCUUCUUCUUUGCUUACCUACGCUGAUCCUGUCAGAAGAUUACUCCGAUGUAACUGUUAUCAUCCGGGGCUCCGAGACGAUCGCUGCAACAAGCGAUGAGUUUAUUUGCGCCACUAUUGAUUGGUGGCCUCCAGAGAAGUGUAAUUAUGAUCAGUGCCCAUGGGGAAAGGCUUCUGUCUUGAAUAUGGACUUGACUAAUCCUUUGUUAGCUAAGGCUAUCCAAGCCUUUAGCCCACUGCGUAUCAGAGUCGGCGGCUCCUUACAAGAUCAAGUAGUAUAUGGAACGCCAAAUUUAGGAUCUCCAUGCAGAGCAUUUACAAAGUCAUCAAGUGGCUUGUUUGGAUUUUCAAAAGGAUGCAUAACCAUGGAAAGAUGGGAUGCUAUUAAUGAUCUGUUCCUCAAUACAGGUGCGGUUAUUACUUUUGGUCUUAAUGCACUUCAAGGGCGAAAGCAGAUACGUAAAGGUGUUUGGGGAGGCGCUUGGAAUUCAAGCAAUGCUCAGGAGUUCAUGGAAUACACUGCUUCGAUGAACUAUCCUAUUGAUUCAUGGGAAUUCGGUAAUGAAUUGAGUGGAAGUGGGAUCGGUGCGAGCGUAGGAGCUGAACAAUACGGAAAGGACCUGGUUGAACUUCAAAAGAUGGUCAAUCAGUUAUAUGGAAAUUCUAGGAAACCAUUGGUGCUAGCCCCUGGGGGGUUCUAUGAUAAACAAUGGUUUGCUCAGCUUCUUGAGGUCUCUGGGCCAAAUGUUCUCAAAGGAAUGACUCAUCAUAUUUACAAUCUUGGUGCUGGUAAUGAUCCACGUGUCGCGAAUAGAAUCUUGGACCCGCAAUAUCUAAGCAGGGUUUCAGACACAUUCAGAGAUCUCCAGCUCACAAUACAACGGCAUGGACCAUGGUCGGCUCCAUGGGUCGGGGAAGCCGGUGGUGCGUAUAACAGUGGCAGCCGUACCGUUUCCAAUACUUUCCUGAAUAGCUUCUGGUAUCUUGAUCAACUUGGUCAGUCAGCAAAGUAUGACACCAAGGUGUACUGCAGACAGACUUUGAUUGGGGGCAACUAUGGCCUUCUGGACACUGACACUUUUGUGCCGAACCCUGACUACUACAGCGCCUUGCUGUGGCAUCGGCUAAUGGGGAAGGGAGUUCUGUCCAUGGACAUCGGCGGUUCUUCAUACUUGCGUGCCUAUGCACAUUGCGGGAAGCAAAAGGGUGGUGUCACCCUCCUCUUGAUCAACCUGAGCCAAAACAUGGGAUCCAUGGUCUCGGUCAGGAACGACCUCAACGUCGACCUUGCGCAAGGGCAGGGUAUAACAAGGGACAACUCCUUUGUCCAUGGCCUGAAGAGGACGGUCUCCUGGGUUGGCAGCAAGGCCUCCGAUGGGCUGGAGAAGAGGGAGGAGUACCACCUGACGGCACAAGACGGGGAUCCUCUCACACGCACCGUGCUGCUUAAUGGAGUUCCUCUGGAGCUCACUGCAGAUGGUGACAUCCCUCCACUGUACCCAGUGCAGGUUUCGGUCAGUUCACCGAUCUAUGUCUCCCCACUGUCGAUAGCAUUCGUCGUCUUCCCGGAUUUCGAGGCUGAUGCUUGCCAGUGAUGACCUAUUGACCGUUGUCUUUAGAUAGGAUAUCAUGAGAUGUUCAGCUAUGAUGAUAUAGCUCUUCUCAAUAGAUACACUGUAAAAAAUUGUGGUUAUGUUGUGCCCCAAUGGGCCAUCUGUGUUCUGUCUUCCAUCAUAGAGUAAGUUAGUUGAUUGUUAAUCACAUAUAGAGCUUGUAAUUUCCUGCUGAUGUUGGACAUUUUCACAAUAAAGAAAAGCUCAACUUUCUCCUUA